AAGAGCAAUUAGCAUUAGUAUAUCGCAAAGGAGUUCAUUCCUAUGACUAUAUUGAUUCUCAGUAUAGGUUUCAGGAGACAGAACUUCCUCUCAUUCAUGAAUUUUAUAAUACUCUUAAAGAGUUUCAAAAAAUGUCUAUAGAAUAUUAUGAACUUGAUCCUAAUCACUAUGUUUCUGCCCCAUCACUAUUCUGGGAUGGAAUGCUUAAGAUAUCAGGAGUUAUGAUUGAACUUUUUACAAUAUAG